AAUGAGAGGCAAGCCCUCUCCAACACAACAAUUUAUUUAGGAAUAUUUGUCGGGGGCCACAAUUAUUCUCUACAAAUACAAAAUCUCUAGUUCACCACUCUUGCUCAGCGACAAAGCCCCCCGCAAAGAACCCGUAUAUUAUAUCUAAGAAGACUCUGUUUUUCCAUUAGCCCAAAUCUCCAUCUCUGUGAAAAAGACGAUGCAGAUCUUCGUCAAGACCUUGACCGGAAAGACCAUCACUCUCGAGGUUGAGAGCAGCGACACCAUCGAUAACGUCAAAGCUAAGAUUCAGGAUAAGGAAGGCAUCCCUCCUGAUCAGCAGAGAUUGAUUUUUGCUGGCAAGCAAUUGGAAGAUGGCCGAACUCUUGCUGAUUAUAACAUUCAGAAGGAAUCAACACUUCACCUGGUUCUGAGGCUUAGAGGAGGAACUAUGAUCAAAGUAAAGACUCUCACUGGUAAAGAGAUUGAAAUUGACAUUGAACCUACCGAUACCAUUGACCGAAUCAAGGAACGGGUUGAAGAAAAAGAGGGCAUUCCUCCUGUGCAGCAAAGGCUUAUUUAUGCAGGUAAGCAGCUAGGAGAUGACAAAACAGCUCGUGACUACAAUAUUGAGGGUGGCUCUGUGCUUCAUCUUGUGCUUGCACUGAGGGGUGGUUGUUAUUAAACGGUGUUUAUAUCAUUCACAAGCUCUAGUUAUCUAAGUCAUUAUUGCCUGUGAUGUACGGAUAAACAUUGAGGAUACUAAAUGAAAAAUGUUCAGCUCAUUUUGUGGGCAUGAAAUUGUUCAUUUGCCAAUUGCCAUUUUACUGUGUUUAUGCUGGGUUAUAUGAUUAUUAUAGUU